AUGUCAAUCAUGGCCCCUGAUCCUUGGGAAGAUUAUUACGAGCCCCAGAAACUCAAAAUAUCAAUCAACCCGAAGAAUCCAGUCCCUUGGACCGAAAUUGUUGAUAAGGUGGAACCAUUCUUCAGACGCUCGUUGGAUUACUCGAACGAAGAUCAACCUGAAGUAUGGUGCUGUCCCUUGCAAACAACUGUACUGGAGGAGUCGAACGCGAAUAUUCGAUUUGAUCUGAUGUCACUACCAAGAGACAUUUUUCUCGAGAUAUUUGAUGUAAUGAUGGAGCCGUACGAACUGAAGGUUUACCUGGCUAUAUCCGAUCCAAGUGACCAGGACGGGUCUACAAACCACACACACAUGAUAAUCUGUGAACCACGUACGUGGGCGUCGAUAAGCCUGUUUCAGGUCUGUCGGCAAUUUCGUAGCCUGGCUAUUAAAUAUUACGGCGAACCGUGCGAGGAUUCACUCCCUUUCAGCCCGGCUAUCGACAAAUUGGUCAUCAUAGGCGUAGAUAACUUCUACUGGGCAUCACGGCUGAAGCCAAUAGCGUUAAUGGCAAAGCGUAUUGAUGUUAGACUCCUACGAAGACUUCACCUGGAAUCAGUUAUGCCUUACGGAUUCCUCUGCUACUAUAACAAAUCACUUCCCACCGACCCUGAUGCUCACCUCCGGCUAGUGGGAAAGAAAUUGCUAGAAAGAGUCCAGCAUCUCGAAAUACGAUAUAUGAAUUCAAGCAAAAUUGGUUGGUUCCAUAUGGACUGGUGGGUAUACCCUCUCCGGGAUUUGACCGCUUCAUUGCCAUAUAUCAAGCAUUUGGUAGUUUCAUUCUACUAUUACGACCCGUAUCGGGGAAUCCCUCCAUCGCGCUACAUGUACACGACGGAGGUUUUGUUACUGAACGGCGUCAUCAAAUAUACCAACAAGGCCGACCUAGGCCAUCCUCUCCUGUUUCCUCAUUUGGAAUCAUUUGAGAUAGUGAAGAAGCCUAGACGCCGUGAACCGCUUAAGGAGAUGGAUGAUCCCAUUGCUACUGAGGUUGGUUGGUAA